CGGCGCGCUCCUAUUGGUCAGAUCGUGGGGGCGGGGACUCCACGCGGGCACCUUCAGGCUGGGCGGGAGGAGGCGCGUGACGCAGGGAUGCGGUUGCCCGGGGCCCUGCGGCUGGUGCGGUUCCGGGGACCGGGGGGCGGCGACCCCCGCCUGGGGCUGGAGGAGGCGCCCGGGGGGGACCUGGUGGAUCUGGGGGCGGCCGAGCCCACCCUGCCCCGCUCCCUGCGCGCCCUCCUGGAGAGCGGCCCCCCCGCCUUGGCUGCUGCUCGCAGGGCUCUGGAGUCGGGGGGUUUCCGGGUUCCGCGGGGGGGGGUGGAGCUGCUGGCACCACUGCCCGACCCCCCCAAGCUGCUCUGCGUGGGGCUCAACUACCACGACCACUGCAGGGAGCAGGGGGCCCGGCCCCCCCGCGACCCCAUCAUCUUCUCCAAGUUCUCCAGCGCUAUCACCGGCCCCUUCGGUGACAUCGUGCACCCCGAGGACAGCACCGAGGUGGACUGGGAGGCAGAGCUGGCCGCUGUCAUCGGGAAGGAGGGGCGACACAUCCCGGAGUCCUCAGCCCUGGAGCACGUGGUGGGAUUCAUGGUGGCCAACGACGUGAGCGCCCGGGACUGGCAGCAGCGCAACGGGCGGCAGUGGCUGCUGUCCAAAACCUUCGACACCUUCUGUCCCCUGGGGCCAGCCCUGGUCACCAAGGAGGCGGUGGCAGACAUCCACAACCUGCGGAUCCAGUGCAGGGUCAAUGGGCAGCUGAUGCAGGACAGCAACACCAACCAACUCAUCUUCCCCAUCCCCAAACUCAUUGCCUGGGUCUCCCGGUUUGUCACGCUGGUCCCUGGGGACAUUUUGCUGACGGGGACCCCUGCGGGGGUGGGGGCAUUUCGGAAGCCCCCCGUGUUUCUGAAGAGAGGAGACAAGGUGGAGUGUGAGAUCGAGGAGCUGGGCACCAUCUGCAACAAGGUGGUGUGAAGACACCAGUUUGACCCAUUUCACCCCAAUUUGGCAGUCCCACCACCCCCAGACCUUGUCCCCGCGCCCCCCCCCCCCCCCCCCCCUCCAAGGUUUAAUAAAAGCAGGAGCCAGGGGGGUUACCUGAUCCCAGCUCCCUGGGUGCCUA